GUAAACCAUCAGGAUGCCGGGUUUUCAGCAGUGUGGGGACAUUCAAGAUCUUUGUUGGAAAUCUGUCUGACAAAACUGUAUCAGCUGAUAUAAAACCACUGUUUGAAAAGUAUGGAAAAGUCGUGGAAUGUGACGUUGUGAAGAAUUUCGGAUUUGUGCACAUGGAGAAUGAAGAGUCGGGGAGGGAUGCCAUUCAAAACCUGAAUGGAUACUUGGUUCAUGGGUCAGCCAUGAAAGUGGAAGCAGCUACCAGCCGGAAGGGACCAAACACACCAACAACAAAGAUAUUUGUGGGGAACUUGUCCGACAACACCAGAGCUCCCCAGGUCAGAGCUUUGUUUGCUAAGUACGGGACAGUCGUGGAGUGCGACAUUGUGCGAAACUAUGGAUUUGUGCAUAUUGACUCUGCCGAUGUCAACAAAUGUAUUGAGGAAUUGAAUGGGUCAAUGGUAGAUGGUCAGCCCAUGAAGGUCCAGGUAUCCACCAGCAAGGUCCGCCAAAGACCAGGGAUGGGCAAUCCAGAGCAGUGCUACAGAUGUGGACGUGGAGGUCAUUGGUCGAAAGAGUGUCCAAAAAACUGGAAUGGGACCAGACCGCUUCCGUGACAGGAUGUUUGGUGG